AUGAAAAUUGAUGUCAUCAACAUUGCGUUGAAAUGGAUUUAUGAACGUCGUCUAAACGAUCGGAAAGCGUCGAAUAUUCUCUGUGGACUGACGUUCGGAUCCAUGACCUACGCUGAGCUGGUGCAUUUUCGAAGUUCAUUGAUUCAGACGGUCAUUCCGGUUACGGUAGGACGAUGUGUGAGAUUGAAGAAGGGUGAAAAUGAUUCGCUGGACAUAGUCUGCACCCAUGCCGAACACUCUAUCCACACUCCCAACCCCGCUGCCACAUCCAUCUCCUCAUUCCCAUUGAAUGAUGCCACGUCACUGGGCGUCGCCACGAUUCCAACAGCGGCUACGUUGCAAUCUGAAAAUUUUGACGAUUGCAACACGGCCAUGUCAUUUACGGCGGACGACUUGAGACGUUUGGGAUUUGCGAAAAUGCCGUUGACUCGACAAAAACAACAGGACGAAAAGUGA